GCUAACUAAUUAAGACAUUCUUGUGUUAUUUUAGAGCACAAAUAGAACUUCGAUAACACAAAUAAGACAAUAACAUUCAAUAUACAUGUUAAAGUGCGGACACACUUGAAAUUUUCCAAGUUUGUUUUUUUUAGCAGAACGAAAUAAAUAUGAAUGUUUCUUUAUAAUGAAAUAAAUCAUUACAUUGCUUGUUACCAUAAAAAAAAAAAAUACUGGGGUAAGAAUUGGGAUCCAUAAUUUUGGCCACCCUUAAAAUUUUUCGAGUGACCAAAAUGUAGAAUGUUACUGAACCAAGGAUCAAACGUGAGAUUUUAAUGUGAUCAACAUGUAAAAAGUUACUGAACCGAGGACGUAAUCGGAAUUAACCCAACGGAGAAGAAAUGUCAAAUGCCCGCAGGGAUCUUCCUUCCCUAUACGGCUAUACCAUCUUCCCUCGUUCCUUCCCCUCCUUCCGCAAGUGCCAACCUCGUCUCUUGGCAAAACCCUAACAAGAAAUCCUGAGCCAAUUCGAUUCAGUUACAAUGUAAGUCGGGAAUCAGAUCCCACAGCUCCCUUUACUCUCCUUCAGUGGAGAAAGAUCAAGACCUGAAUCGUUAUUCACCAAACAAAUCGUUCUUUCCGAUUAAGCUGAGCUGAGCUGAUCGCGACUCCCAAAUUCUCCUUUUGAGUGUGUGGAUGGAAGCUUACAGCUGCGGAAUUGUUACUGAUUUUGAUGGGUGGUGGCUGUUUCAGGUCGCAGGAGGAGAUUGCGAGGGAAGCCAUAAAGCACGCUAUGAAGGCUCUUAGGAAGCGCCAUUUGAUGGAAGAAGGCGCACAUUCUCCUGCUUUUGUUGCCCUUUCCAGGCCCAUUAUCUCCCAGGGCUCAGAAUGGAAAGAGAAAGCAGAAAACUUGGAAGUUGAACUUCAGCAAUGCUACAAAGCUCAAUCUAGAUUGUCUGAGCAGCUAGUGGUUGAAGUAGCAGAGGCCAGAGCAGCAAAAGCUUCACUUCAGGAGAAAGAAGCCACUAUUGAUGAUCUACAGAAGGAAUUGACUCAAAUAAGGGCUGAAUGCUCCCAACUAAAGGUAGAUUUGGAAGAGAAGCUCAAAGGAUUGGAACUAAUAGUUGGUGAGAAUCAGGAGCUGAGAAAGCAGUUGGAGGAGAUGACUACUAAGGCUAAGAAUGCAGAGGCAGAGAACAAAAUGUUGGUAGAUCGCUGGAUGCUGCAAAAGAUGCAGGAUGCUGAGCGCUUGAAUGAGGUGAAUUCACUUUAUGAAGAAAUGGCUGAUCGACUGAAGGCAAGCGGCCUAGAAAAACUAGCUCGGCAGCAGGUAGACGGAGUGGUCCGCCGUAGUGAGGACGGGGCCGAGUACUUUGUCGAAUCAAGCAUUCCUUCUUCAUGCACACACAAGAUCACGGCUCACAACGAUGGCUGUGGCUCUAUCUUAUUCGAGUACAAUUCGGGCAAACUGAUCACUGGCGGACACGACAAGUCAAUCAAGAUUUGGGACACCAACACUGGCGCUCUCAGCCGCACUCUCAACGGCUGCCUAGGCUCAGUUCUCGAUCUCUCCAUCACACACGACAAUAAAUCUGUGAUUGCCGCCAGCAGCUCUAACAAACUCUUCGUUUGGGACGUAAACUCGGGUCGCCAGCUCCACACUUUAACAGGCCAUGUGGACAAAGUAUGCGCAGUGGAUGUCAGCAAGGUUUCCAGUCGUUAUGUUGUCAGCUCGGCGUAUGACCGGACCAUCAAACUGUGGGACCUGCAGAAAGGUUACUGCACAAACACUAUCAUGUUCCACAGCAACUGCAAUGCCUUGUGUUUCAGCACCGAUGGGCAGACGAUUUGUUCGGGUCAUGUGGAUGGGAACCUCCGGCUUUGGGAUAUCCAGUCUGGAAGGCUGCUGAGUGAAGUCGCGGCUCAUUCUAGUGCUAUCACGUCGUUAUCAUUGUCGAGGAAUGGGAACACGAUACUGUCAAGUGGGAGGGAUAAUCAGCACAACAUCUUCGACAUCCGGUCUCUUGAAGUUUGUGGCACGCUGAGAGCGAGUGGGAACAGGGUGGCGACGAAUUGGAGCAGGUCAUGUCUCAGCCCCGAUGAUAAGUAUGUCGCUGCUGGCUCAGCAGACGGGUCAGUGUAUAUUUGGUCUGUGUUUAAAGGUGAUAUAGUCGGCACUCUGAAGGAAGAUACGACUGCGGUGUUGUGCUGUUCGUGGAGCGGGCUAGGGAAACCGUUGGCAUCUGCGCAUAAGAGCGGGAUUGUUUGUAUUUGGAAAUGAUGUUGGAACUAUUGGAUAUGUAAAUAACAACUAUAUGUUAGUUACCUUCUGGUAUUGUUGCGGGAUGUGUGAAAAAAGUGGGAACUUACCUUUGGUAGGUUCUAUGGUAGCCUAGCAGGGGAUUUGUUUCAGUUGCACAAUGUCUUGUGAGGUCGACGAUUGGUGGUGUAAAGAGGCCAUGUUGGUUGAUUUCAUAUUGUCGAAAGAAAUGAUCUACUCUAUUCAUUUGGUUCAAGAACAUGUAUAUAUAAGGUUGUUAAUGACCAAGUCAAUCAUGAACAUGGACGUUGGUUGUGGGAUUUGGGUGAUAGAUUUGGUACCCAAAUUUAGGGCUACAAAUGAGUCGAGUUGAGUCGAGUUUUACCCUAGGUUGAGCUUGACUCAUUAAUAAACGAGCUGACCUCGAGCUCGAGCCGUUUAUUAACCAGCCGAGUCGAGCUCGAGCUCGAGCUAGGCUUGUUUACUUUGUUUUGAAUAUAAUGUAUGAUACAUCAUACAUGUGAUUGAUGUCAUGGUGAAAAUUAAAUAAUAAUAACCAAAUGUUCAAUAUUAACUAAUAUCAUAUUAUACUUUGUUGGUAUCAUAUUAUGUAGGUAAUAAAUUUUAACUAGUCCAAAUCAUGUUAUUUAACAGUAUUGAAGUAAUCUAUUAAAAUUUAUUUUUAAAAUAAAAAUAACAUAUAUUUGCUCACAUACUCGGCGUUUUAAACUUCAUAUAUGGUGAGAUAUAUAAUUUAACAAUCAUAUCAAUUAAACUCAUAAGGUAUAGAUCGGUUCGCCAAUAAGUCGGUAAUGGAGUUGGCUCUCUAUCCACAACGUGAGACGUCUCAUGAGCUAUAAACGAUUUAGCUCACGAGUUUAACUAAACAAACCACCGAGUCGAGUUAGCUGGCGAGCUUCAGGAGCUGAACAAGAGUUAGCUCCCGAGUCGAGCGCCGAGCCACUAGCGAGCAGCUCGGCUCAUUUGCAGCCCUACCCAAAUCCGAAGCAUCAUGGAAUUGACACAAGUCCAUUGUUUGUUAAGGGACACAAAUCCGUGAACCCCACGGAUUUGCAAAUCCCACAUUUCAUUUGGGAUUUGAUAAUAGAAGGCAAAAUGUGAUACAAACCCCUCAUGAAUCCAUGAUAAAAAUAAACUAAACAAACAAUGUACUCUUCCAAAUACAUAAUGCAACAAAUCCAUCAUAAAUACAAAAGUUUUUAAAACUCAAAACCCUCAUUUUCAAAUCCAACAAGCAAACGAGGAUGUUCGAUUUGAGCUCUUUCCAUACUCGACUUGUCUUUCUCCUAGUCGGCUUGCCAUCAAGUUCGUCUCGUUAUAAAUUAGUCGAGUUCGAGCCAUGACAUGUUCAGCUUGAUAGGCUUGCGAACAUACUCGAUAGCAUUUAAGUGUUUGCUAUUGGUGUCUUGUCAGCCGAGUUCAAACUCGAAGUUGAGCUACAAGCUACAUUUUAUCAGCUGAACUCGAUUUUUACUCGCUAAUCUCAUUUGGCGAGACGAGCUCAAGCUUGUUUUGUAAAUGAGUCAAACUCGCACUUGCCUAUCAAAACUCGUGUCAAACUUUAAUCGAGUUCGAACUCGAAAUUAUUUUAAAGAGUCGAGCCCGAACCUUGGCAUAGCUCGGCUCAUAUCAUUAACGACCUUCACCUUGCGAGUUGCUUUCAUGUGCUCUAAUGGGCUCCGCUUUCAAAAGUUAUGGGCUUGUGGAUUCUUGCAUGCCUCUAUAAUCUAUAAUAAUGAAUGCCAAGACUACGGUGCAGCGGUAAAAAUUGCGGUACCGGUUACACAAUUUUUGAUUGGUCCAAAUGAAUUCUUACGUGGCAUGGUUGGUCUCACUUAAUCUCAAACCAACCCAUCUAGCCCAACAGAAACGGUCCAAACGGUAAAGAGGCCAUGUUGGUUGAUUGCAUAUUGCCGAAAGAAAUGGUGUACUUAGAU